CAACACUGUACUGUUGUUUAGAGUACUUGCCCCUUACCAAACUAGUUGGAAUUCCUUUAUUUUGUUAAUUAUGGCAUUUAAAACGCAACUGUAAACAACGUUAUUGGUAAACAUUUAUAAAAAAAAGUGCGCGAAUACUCAAAUUAAGUUAUUCACUUAUUAAGGGAUUGUUCAGCUAGAAAUUAAGUGACGCCGCCUUCAAUAGCAGCACCGUCGCCGACGAAAAACGGCAGGAGCAGCAAUAGCAUCUAUAAAAACAUAAAAGUAAAAACUGCAAACGACAUCAAAAGCGAAGCCGCACUAUGAAAUGGAUUGUUUCGAAGAAAGGAACAUCAGUAACCUCUGAUGUGCUCGGAAUUCGACGCACCAAAUGAAAACUCUCCAAGACCGUAGCUUGUGUAUUGAAGCAACGUUUUAUUGAAGGCAACGUUGGUGUAAAUUAAGAAAAAAGAGAGAAAAAACACCAAUCGACAUUCGCAUGAGAUUCGUUUUGUUAGUCUAAACCAAAGUCUAUAUACACAUUGUAUAUAACAUAUCUUCGAGAUCGAGUAUAAAAUCAAAAUAGGCAGGCAACAGUCAAUUGACAGUAGGAACGUGGCUGACUCUGUUCAGCAACUGCAACAGCAGCAACAACAGCAACGGCAGCAACAACAACAACAGCAGACGACGACCGGUGACGAUACAAUGCCCUCGGCCAUUAGUGGCGCCGCCCACGGUCAGGUGCACAUACCCAGCAAUGAGGAAUGCGGUAUUCGCGAUGUAUGGAAACAUAAUCUGGAGGAAGAGUUUCGCACGAUACGGAAAGUAGUGCAAAAAUAUCACUUUGUGGCCAUGGAUACGGAAUUUCCUGGUGUGGUAGCGCGACCUGUUGGUGAAUUUCGAUCAACAGCCGACUAUCAUUAUCAGCUCCUGCGCUGCAAUGUGGAUCUGUUGCGGAUCAUACAACUGGGUCUGACCUUCAUGGAUGACGAUGGUAAAACGCCACCUGGAUAUUCCACCUGGCAGUUCAAUUUUAAAUUCAAUUUGAGCGAGGACAUGUAUGCACAGGACUCGAUCGAUUUGCUGCAAAACUCCGGCAUACAGUUCAAGAAGCAUGAGGAGGAUGGCAUCGAUCCCAUUGAGUUUGCCGAACUGCUUAUGUCCUCCGGCAUUGUGCUAGUAGAUAACAUAAAGUGGCUAUGCUUUCACUCUGGCUACGAUUUCGGGUAUUUGCUAAAGCUGCUCACGGAUCAAAAUUUGCCGGCUGACGAGAGCGAUUUCUUCGAUCUGCUUCACAUCUACUUUCCCAACAUUUUCGACAUUAAAUAUCUUAUGAAGUCGUGCAAAAAUCUAAAGGGCGGUCUCCAGGAGGUGGCCGAUCAGCUGGAGCUGCGUCGCGUGGGUCCCCAACAUCAGGCCGGUUCCGAUGCACUGCUGACGGGCAUGGCUUUCUUCAAAAUGCGUGAGAUGUUCUUCGAGGACAAUAUUGAUCAUGCGAAAUACUCUGGUCACCUGUACGGACUGGGCACCUCCUUUAUAGUGAAUGGAAGCAACUUCCACGAGAGCAACGGCGAAACGAACAGCGCCUCGUGAUUUAUUUUGAUGAAAAAUGUCGUCUUGCAUGACAUGAAAUUCGAACAAGCAGCGGCCGCUACCGCUCCAGGAAAGGGCUGAGGGCUGACACACCCACACUUCUUUAGCACAACAACAACAAUAAUAUUAAUAAAAAACAAAAUCCAAAUAAUGUAA